AUGGUAUCAAAGACUGGGAACAGCACCAAGGACCUGAAGGAACAAGACAGUGCUUUGGACUUUUCAUCUACGCCAAAUGCACAUGGAACACAAGAGACCCCCAUGGAUACGCCUCAACAAUCAGUUAUGGGCCUAAAAACAACUAGCAAGACCAAGGAAGCCAAGAACAUCACAAGGAACAGCAACCAAGCCCCAACAGGACAGACAGACUACAAGAACAGAGCCAAAGAGCUACCUAGCAAACAGCUGACUUUGGUGAACCGCCUGAGUUCAGACCGGGAUCACUUAGACCGGAAGGAGGGUUGGAAUGGCAUCUUUCUACAUGGGCCAAGCCACCAAGGGCCAAGGGUUGCGGAGCAGCCUUUUGGCCGGAGGGAAGUCUUAUCACGGAGUGGUUUGAGUUCUCAAAGGCACCCAGCAAUCAAGGUUUCAUCAUCCUUGCAUUGUUUCUAUCCUAGUUCGCCCAUAGCUUACGUUUCACGGUGUUUGUUUCCCCCUCGUCAGAAAAACAAGAAACUCUUUCUUGGUUGUUUGUGGAGUGAUCUUCCUAUUUCAUCUUCAUUGUCAUUCAUUUGUUUUUCAUUAAUUCGUAUUGUCAUACACAGAACAUUUAAUAAAUUUCUGAAUUUGGGAUUCUUGCAUUUUCGAUUUUCGCAUACAUUUCAUAAUCAUCAUUUUCGUGCAUUGCUGGUUAAAUUAGCUGUCUCUGGUCGAGUGGAUAUGACCAUGGAGGAAAGAUUUGGGAUAUUGGAGGAGAAUAUGAGAUUAGUCAUGCAAACCCUAAAUCAAUUAAGGAUCGACAGUCAACAGGACAGAACACCAAACCCUAAUUUGCGACCCUACGAAGAUAGAACGGUUAAAAUUGAUAUCCCUGAAUUCGAUGGACAUUCCUAUGACCCUGGGAAAUAUCUUGAAUGGGAAGAUCGAAUGGACAAUUACUUUGAAUUCAAGAACACACCCCCAGACCAACAGUACAAACUAGCUAAGGUUAAGUUGAUUAAAUCGGCUGCCAUAUGGCUCGAGGGAAUGCAGAAACGUAGAGUCAGGGAAGAGAGGGGUAGGAUUAACUCUUGGACCAAGCUCAAGAAACACAUGAAAAGGAAAUAUGUCCCUACCUCUUACAAACAGCAGCAGUACAUCCAACUAAAUGCCAUGAAACAGGGAACAAAAUCUGUGGAUGAGUAUAGAAAUGAGUGGGAAAGGUUGUAUGUGCUCUGCGACCCCCAUGAGACUGAAGAGAUGAGAGUGGGAAGGUUCAUAGCUGGGCUAAGGGAGGAAAUCAGGGAUAGACUUAUGACUACACCUGACCUCACAGUGCACAUAGCCAGUUUGCAGGCUGUUGAGAUUGAGAGACAAAUCAACAGGGCAACUCAUUCCCAAACCAGAGGCACAAGGACCUACACCCCAAGGAAUGCAAGCACCAUCCCUGCACCUAAGAGGGACACACAGAAUAGUGGGUUAAAGGCUAGUACUACCAGAGGAGACCCCCCUACCAACCCUAAAGAUGUGGUCUGUUUCAAAUGUAAUGGGAGGGGCCAUUACAAAAGAGAUUGCCCUAAUGCAAGAGCCUUCACCAUGAGGGAAUGGAAUGAAAUUAGGCAGGACACCAAACCAAAGAAAAUUUUAGUGGCUAAGAAUGGGCAGGAAGAGGAGAUGUACCCUCCAAAUUUGAGUGAUGAUGAUGGCACAUACAUAGAAGAUAAGGAGGGGAAAUGGCACAGGUUUGAAGGAGACACAGAAGAGGAGGAGGAAGAUGAGGACCUAGAAAGAGUGAUGCCUGAGGAAGAACAUCUUAGCCUAGUUAUUAGGAGGAGCUUUCACACCACACCCUUAGCCAAGAGAUCAGACCAGAGGGAAAAUAUAUUCCAAACCAAGUGCAAAAUACAGGGAAAAGUGUGUGAUCUUAUUAUUGAUAGUGGGAGUGAGUCCAACUGUGUGAGCAGGCAAUUAGUGACCGAGCUGAAUCUGGAUACCAAGCCUCACCCUCACCCUUAUAAGAUGAAGUGGCUUGACAACAAAGCAAGUGGGUCAGUGAGCAAGCAGUGCUUAGUGAGCUUAACCUUAGGGACUUAUGUUGAUGAAGUGAUGUGUGAUGUCUUAGACAUGGAUGCUUGCCAUUUAUUGCUUGGGAGACCUUGGCAAUAUGACAAAAAGACUACCCACAAUGGCUACACCAACACUUACACCCUCAAACAUGAUGGGAAAAAGAAGGAGUUGAUUCCCCUGCCCCCACACAGGGCUGUUCCCCCUAAACCAUCUAAAGCACCCAUACACUUGAUGACCAGAAAAGAAUGUGAAAGGGAGAUUGAACAGGAGGAAGAACUAUACCUGUUGAUCACUAAGGAAGUUCAACAUUCAUAUUUGAUUCCAGGAGCUAGCUUGCCUAACAAACCUGCUUAUAGAUCCAACCCCAAAGAAACCAAGGAAUUGCAGAGACAGGUGGAUGAGUUAAUGCAAAGGGGCUAUGUUAGGGAAAGUUUGAGUCCAUGCGCUGUGCCCACCCUGUUGGUACCCAAAAAAGAUGGCACGUGGAGAAUGUGCAUUGACAGUAGAAGCAUGAAUAAUAUAACUAUUAAGUAUAGGUUCCCUAUACCUAGAAUUGAUGAUAUGUUAGAUGAGUUGGGAGGUUCAGAGUGGUUCAGCAAGAUAGAUUUAAGGAGUGGAUACCACCAAAUAUGCAUGAAACAGGGAGAUGAAUGGAAAACUGCAUUCAAGACCAAGUAUGGGCUCUAUGAAUGGCUUGUGAUGCCCUUUGGCUUGACUGGAGCUCCUAGCACCUUCAUGAGGUUGAUGAAUGAGGUGCUUAGACCCUUCUUAGGAAAAUUCAUUGUGGUUUACUUAGAUGACAUACUAGUUUACAGCAAGGAGAUCACAGAACACCUCAAUCACCUUCAACAAUUAUUUGAAGUUCUAAGGAAACAGAGACUUUAUGCAAAAUUAGAAAAAUGCAGCUUCCUUCUUUCAGAGGUCAGUUUCUUGGGUUAUAUAGUGGGGAAGGAAGGAGUUAGAGUUGAUCCUGCAAAGGUCAAGGCUAUACAAGAAUGGCCCACACCCACUACCCUUACACAAGUGAGAUCAUUCCAUGGGCUGGCUUCAUUUUAUAGAAGGUUCAUCAAAAAUUUCAGCUCCGUUUUAGCCCCAGUAACAGAGUGCACAAAACAGGGGAAAUUUGAGUGGACACCUGCUGCACAGAGGGCAUUUGAGACCCUUAAGGACAUGAUGUGUAAAGCUCCCAUACUUAAGCUUCCUGAUUUUGCCAAACCCUUUGAGCUAGAGUGCGAUGCUAGUGGGGUAGGAAUUGGAGCAGUUUUGGUACAAGAGGGUAGACCCAUAGCCUUUUUUAGUGAGAAGCUGAAUCAUAGCAGGUUGAAUUAUUCCACUUAUGAUAAGGAGUUCUAUGCAAUUGUUAGGGCCUUUGAACACUGGUCUCAUUACCUAAGAAUUCAACCAUUUGUGUUGCACACAGACCAUGAGUCCUUGAAGCACAUCAAUAGCCAGCACAAACUAAACAGUAGGCAUGCUAGGUGGGUGGAGUUCAUGCAAACGUUUGAUUUCUCAGCAAGAUACAAGGUGGGAAAGACCAAUGUAAUAGCAGAUGCCCUUAGUAGGAAGCACAGCUUGCUUGGGAUAGUAGGAUCUAGGAUUUUAGGCUUUGAAUUCAUCAAAGAUCAAUACUCUGCUUGCUCUGAUUUCUCUGAAAUUUAUCAGUCUUGCAAAGACAGACCUCAAGGAUUAUUUAGCAUUCACCAAGGCUUUUUGUUCAAGGGUAAUAGGUUAUGCAUACCAAAGCUUCCCCUCAGAUCUGUUUUGGUAAAAGAGGUGCAUGAGGGAAGCAUAGCAGGCCAUUUUGGAAUACAGAAAACAUUAGAUAUGCUUGCUAAACACUUCUAUUGGCCCAAGAUGCUUGGCACAGUGGGCAAACAUGUUUUAAAAUGUGAGCCUUGCCAUAAGGCUAAGGUAACUUUUCACAAAGGGGAAUAUAUACCCUUACCUAUUGCACACAAGCCUUGGGAACACAUUAGUAUGGAUUUUGUGAUGGCUUUGCCUAAGACAAGAAGGGGAAAAGAUGCUAUAAUGGUUGUUGUAGAUAGAUUUUCAAAGAUGUCUCAUUUUAUUACAUGCACUAAAGUGGAUGAUGCACAACAUAUUGCGAAAUUGUUCUUUGCUGAAAUUGUGAGAUUGCAUGGCAUACCCAAAACUAUUGUUUCAGAUAGAGACAGUAAGUUCCUAAGCCAUUUUUGGAGGAGUUUGUGGAAGAUGUUGGGCACUAAACUAUUGUUUAGCACCGCUUACCACCCACAAACGGAUGGCCAAACAGAAGUCACUAAUAGGACUCUAGGUACUCUGCUCAGAAUUUUGGUAAAGGACAACAUUAGGGAAUGGGACUUAAAGCUUUGUCAUGCUGAAUUUGCAUAUAACAGAGCACCCAGUCAGGCUACCAAAUUCUCACCAUUUGAAUGUGUUUAUGGCAUCAACCCUUUACUUCCUGUAUCUCUCAUUAAUUUACCUAUGUGUGACAGCAAAAGAAUAGGAGCUGAGGAGAUGAUCAAGCAAAUGGAAGCAGUCCACAAGCAAGUGCAUGAUAACCUGGAAAGCACAAGUGCAAAGUACAAAAAGAAAGCAGACAAGCACAUGAAAAUCAAACAAGCCAUCAAAGAAGGAGAUCUUGUAUGGGUGUACCUGAGGAAAGAAAGAUUCCCCCAGCUCAGGAGGAACAAAUUGAUGCCCAGAGCCAUAGGCCCCUAUCCAGUAAAGAAGAAGUAUGGGGAGAAUGCAUUUGAAGUUCAGAUCCCAGCAGAGUACAAUAUCUCCCACACAUUCAACAUCGGAGAUUUGACUCUACAUGAACCUACACAAGAAUUGAGGACAAUUCUCUCCCAAGAGGGAGGAGUUGAUACAAAUAUGGUAUCAAAGACUGGGAACAGCACCAAGGACCUGAAGGAACAAGACAGUGCUUUGGACUUUUCAUCUACGCCAAAUGCACAUGGAACACAAGAGACCCCCAUGGAUACGCCUCAACAAUCAGUUAUGGGCCUAAAAACAACUAGCAAGACCAAGGAAGCCAAGAACAUCACAAGGAACAGCAACCAAGCCCCAACAGGACAGACAGACUACAAGAACAGAGCCACAGAGCUACCUAGCAAACAGCUGACUUUGGUGAACCGCCUGAGUUCAGACCGGGAUCACUUAGACCGGAAGGAGGGUUGGAAUGGCAUCUUUCUACAUGGGCCAAGCCACCAAGGGCCAAGGUUCUUACUAAUAGUGCACCAGGAAGACAGUAGAGCAAGCUAA